CGUUUCGUCAUUCCAAUGUUCGGCGGUGUGGUCGUUUCGUCUUUCCAAUGAGGCUCGCGGUUGUUGCCAGGUGGCGGCUGUCUCCGCCCUUCCCUUCCUUUCCUUUCCAGGCGGGCUUGUCCUGAAGAUGGCGGCCGCCGCGCGGCCGGGCGUGGAGGAGCUGGCGCUGCUGGAGAAGCUGCUGGGGCUGCCGAGAGGGAACAAGUACGGCGUCCAGGGGGAGCGGAAGGUGAAGGGAGCGAGGAGGGGCCGGCAGCGGCCAGCGGCGCGCGAGCCCCUAUUAACCCCCCUUCCCCAACGGCUUCUCACCUCGCCACCUCCCUCCCGCCUCCGUGGUUCCCCGCACCCCCCGGUGUUACGGUGGCCGGGCUCACCCUUUCCCCGGGACGGGCGGGCCUUGUGUCGGCCUCAGCUGCGCGUUCCCGCACCGUCGCUCUUCUCCUUGAGCGGUUCUCCUUGAGGGGUUUCAUUCCCUCGGCCUCUUCCUUCACCGUUCCCUUUUAGUUGUGGCUGUAGAUCCUCGCUGUCUGCUCGCAAGUUCUGGAAGCCUCUUCAUUCUGCCUGUGGAAAGGUUGUCGUGUGUCGUUGGAGGGAUGUGUGCUUAAAAUAUAUACUUGUCUGCACGCUAUCCCGUUUCUCUCAGGAUUUUCCUGGUGCCAGUGUAGUUAUAUCUAUGCAGGUUCCUGUUCUUCAGACAAACAAUGGUCCUGGUCUGACAGGAUUAAUGACCAUCGCUGCCCACCUAGUUAAACAGGCUAAGAAGGACCAACUGCUUGGAAGUACUGCAGAAGAGAAAGCUGUCGUUCAGCAGUGGUUGGAAUAUAGAGUGACUCAAGUAGAUGGAGGCUCUAGUAAAGAAGAUACUACAACAAUUCUGAAGAAUCUUAACAUACACCUGGAAGAUAAAGUCUACCUUGCAGGAAACACUUUUACCUUAGCAGACAUUUUGAUGUAUUAUGGAUUGCAUCAUAUCAUGGUGGACCUCACAGUGCAAGAAAAGGAGAAAUACCUGAAUGUGUCGCGUUGGUUCAGCCACAUUCAGCAUUAUCCAGGUGUGCGACAACAUCUGUCUAAUGUCAUCUUUAUCAAGAACAGAUUAUAUACUAAUGCUCAUUAAAGAAAAUCUUAAUGUCAUGUUGGAAGGGUUUUAUGGAGUUUAGAAGUUAUGCUGUCCAAAACCACUAACUUCCAAAUACUAGUUUGUAACCUUCUGUAUGUGAACCAAAACUGUUGAUGCCUCAAAUAAUACAAUUGCAUUGAAUCAUUAUUGUUCUUUCAAGAAAUUGAACUAGUUAAUGAAUUGUAUCAUGCGUCUGCUUAAAAGCAACAAUGGUAAAAAGAUGGAAAUAGAGUUUUAAUUCACUAUUUUUUAAAAAUGAAAAGUUAUUUCAAGUAAACAUUCAAAUGUAAUUACAUGGUCUUUGUAGAAAAGAGUUCCUUUCCUUCAGUUAUUCACUCCUUUUGCUAUUUAUUGAAUUUUUACAUGUGUCCUGCUCUAUUUUCAUUUUUUGCCAUGGAUGUUUACACUAGUUUUGUAAAAGUAAAGAGCUAUAUUGUGUGCCAAGGAUGUGAAAAAGGGAACAUGCAAAUGUUACAAAGUAUUUAUGUGACCGAAUAAAUUAUUUAAAAACUGUA